ACUUCUCCCACUGGCAAGCCGGACUGUAGACCGGAGUCCUUUUGGAUAUAAGAUUGCAAAAAUUCAAAGCCAGUUAUUUCCUGAUGUAAGUUUAGGUUGUUACCUCUUAGUGUGAUAAAUAUGUUUAUGAAUCUUGUAUUUGUGUAAGAGUGAUAGCAUAUGAAGGGACCUUUCUGUUGUGGCAAUCUCAGGGUAUUCUGCCUUGACUUUAAUCCAGAACACCGGCAGAGUUGUUUUCUCGAACAUACUUUUAAUGCCGCCGUCAUUUGCAUUCUCCAGCAGCUAAUCUCCUUCUUGCACAGCACAGACAUGCUGGAUCACCUGGUCUGUUGACAAAUGGGUCUGAAAAAUACCGUGUAGGUUUGUGUUUAGCGAAAAAUUCAUGUGACCGAGACAAGCGUCUUGAUAUGCAUAAAGCAUGAGGCAUAACUGAGAGGAUCCAGUCAUUUUUCAAAAAUAAAACACUGUUCAGAAUCAGAUAAUAAAUAAAACAGAAAAAAUAUAAGUUGUUUUUUCUUUCUGUGCGGUCUGGUACCAAAUGACCCACGGCCCGGUACCGGUCCACGGCCUGGGGGUUGGGGACCACUGAUUUAACACACAUGCUCCUGACACAGUCAGUCACAUCAACUGAGUUAUGUCCUCCUUCUCCUCUUAUUCUGGUGGCUGAGUUGAGUUCUUGUUAAAUUGUUUGAAUUGUCGCAGCACUUGUGCUCCUGCAGCGGUCAGUGUGCUUCCACAAUGACAACGAGCCUUAUCUUGCUCUAUCAAUAGCUUUUGCUUAUACUUGUGUCAAAUGAUUUUUUCUCUAAGAUGGUUUCUGUCAUUUUGGGUAGUUUUGUUCACAUUGAUUAUAUGUGCAAGUGUUUGUUUCUGAAAGUUUUGCUUAAAUUAGUUGUUUGGUGCAAUGAAAAUUCACGUUUGAGAUAAAGAGUCUGUGCUGUCAGUCUAAAAACAUUUAAUUGGAUAAGAGAAGAACAGAAACACCAGAUGUACUGGCUUGAAUGUUCAAUCAAUAGCAGGAACAUUUUGUGCAGCUGCCAUCUCAGAGCAGUGAAAGGAUGAGGUGUCAGCAGGUUAUAACUUUGUAUGACUGAAAGUCGCUUUGAUAUCUUCGAUGACGCAAAUCAAGUGACUUAAAGACAAAUGCUUCAUGAAUCUCUUUCCUUUGUUUAAUUUGAGGAUCAAUGGAUUCUCUGGACUUAGUGAGCCCUUACCUGUUCACGUACAAAAAGAGGAACUUUCUGGUUAAGGACAAAUUGCGACCCAACGACCUCGACACUCUCCAGCAUUUUGAGCUCCGUCCAACUGAUGUCUUCCUCAUCACGUACCCCAAGUCAGGCACAGUUUGGAUGCAACAGAUCGUUGUCCAGAUCAUGGAUGAGGCCCACCCGGAACUGGCAGAAGAUGCCAGCAACAGGAGCCGAGUUCCUUGGUUGGAGGAAAGAUCUGCAGAUGACCCGAACCGAGAAAGGCCAGAUCCUCGGAUCUUUGGCACACAUCUCCCCCCUGACAUGUUGCCCCUCGCAGUGAAAGACAAGCAAAUCAAGGCUGUUUAUGUCUGGAGGAACCCGAAGGAUGUCCUGGUGUCCUUAUAUCACUUUGCUCAGAGUUGGGUUUUACUGGAAACGCCAAAGAGCUUUCAGGAUUUCUUCCAGCAGUUCCUGGAUGGUAAAGUUUACAUGGGAUCAUGGUUUGAUCAUGUGAGCGAGUAUUCCGCAGCACGGAACCAACUGAACAUCCAUUUUGUGCAGUAUGAGAACCUGUUGAAGGACCUCAGAGGGGAAGUUGUGAAGCUCUGUUCUUUCCUUGGACAAGACUUGACGGAUGAAGCCAUCGAUCGUGUGGUGGAGAGCUCCACCUUCAAAAACAUGAAGACCAACCCCAAUGCAAACUAUAUGGAAUUACUCGAAAAAGAACGCUACAAGAAGGAAACCAUGCGUAAAGGGGUGGCGGGCGACUGGAAGAAUCACUUGACUGUGGCCCAGAAUCAGCGUUUUGAUGAAGUCCUCAAAGAAAAGAUGAAGACCCUUCCUCUGACCUGCAUCUGGGAGAUGGGAUCCAUGGAUUCUCUGGACUUAGUGAGCCCUUACCUGUUCACGUACAAAAAGAGGAACUUUCUGGUUAAGGACAAAUUGCGACCCAACGACCUCAACACUCUCCAGCAUUUUGAGCUCCGUCCAACUGAUGUCUUCCUCAUCACGUACCCCAAGUCAGGCACAGUUUGGAUGCAACAGAUCGUUGUCCAGAUCAUGGAUGAGGCCCACCCGGAACAGGCAGAAGAUGCCAGCAACAGGAUCCGAGUUCCUUGGUUGGAGGAAAGAUCUGCAGAUGACCCGAACCGAGAAAGGCCAGAUCCUCGGAUCUUUGGCACACAUCUCCCCCCUGACAUGUUGCCCCUCGCAGUGAAAGACAAGCAAAUCAAGGCUGUUUAUGUCUGGAGGAACCCGAAGGAUGUCCUGGUGUCCUUAUAUCACUUUGCCCAGAGUUGGGUUUUACUGGAAACGCCAAAGAGCUUUGAGGAAUUCUUCCAGCAGUUCCUGGAUGGUAAAGUUUACAUGGGAUCAUGGUUUGAUCAUGUGAGCGAGUAUUCCGCAGCACAGAACCAACUGAACAUCCAUUUUGUGCAGUAUGAGAACCUGUUGAAGGACCUCAGAGGGGAAGUUGUGAAGAUCUGUUCUUUCCUUGGACAAGACUUGACGGAUGAAGCCAUCGAUCGUGUGGUGGAGAGCUCCACCUUCAAAAACAUGAAGACCAACCCCAAUGCAAACUACAAGGAGUUCAUCGAAAAAGACCGCUACAAGAAGGAAACCAUGCGUAAAGGGGUGGCGGGCGACUGGAAGAAUCACUUGACUGUGGCCCAGAAUCAGCGUUUUGACGAAGUCCUCAAAGAAAAGAUGAAGACCCUUCCUCUGACCUGCAUCUGGGAGAUGGGUCAGUAGUUGCUCUCCAAUUCAGCUCAGCUCUUUACUGCACUGACUGAUUUUCUCCCUCAGUGAUCCACACUGCAACUGCUUUUAACCAGCAUCAGAAAUUCAUCUCUUUUUGCUGCUCAGGCUAAAAGUUUGGUUUUCAUCUAUCAAGCCUUUUAUCUGCUUCUGAGAUUUCUGCCGCCGCCUCAAUAAAAUA